AUGGCCCCCCAAAAGUCCACAAGCGUGCGCCUGAAAGCCCGGCCUACGCUCGUUCCCUUCAAGGACGAUACUAGCCUCAUCGCCGUCCGCUACGAAAAGACGGUCCAGGCAGAGCCUCCUAUUCCUAUUCUUACGCGCCUCCCCCGGAGAUCUCUAUCCAUCUCGACGCGUCGAACCUGCCGUUCUGCAACUUCGUCUCUUCCAAGUCCGCCCAUCAGUCCCGUCGUCGUUACUCCUCCUCCAGCAAUCGAACAGCACCCUGCCUUUCGUCCCCGUGUGCCCGCUGCCGACAACGAUUGGAAGAGGGAUUCCGGCCUUGCACCCACUGCUUCGUCUGGGGCCACAAUCGUCGAGGAGUGCGAGGACCAGGAUCACGCGUACGACAAAAUCGACGCCUUGAUUGUUGCUGGCCACGUUGUGCAACGACAAAAGCUCAUAACACCCUCCAUCUGCGACAGCGAAUCCUUUUAUUCCACCGAGGACCCUUCAGUAGCCAAACGGCCUUUAGCUGGCCGAUGCACGCGGACAGCUGCGCAAAUGUCCAUCGCCAUGGACCAUUAUCAUCUUGCGCAACUCCAAAUCGCUGAACGUAAGUUGUCUGGCAGCUUUAGCAGCACCUUGUCGGUAGAGUCUCCGGUUGAGUUGCGGGACAAGAGUCUAGCCGACCUAUCACCUGCCACGCAGCCAAUGAUCACCCCGGCGCGGGGCUCCUCUUUUACAGCCUCUGAUAAGUCGCCUAAUCUCUCCCCUGUCAACAUCCCAGACGACUUCAACCUCCUGAGCAAGGAUGCCACCGACUUCUCCCCCAUUUCAAUCUCCAUCCCCACCGUCAGUCUGCUCGACGAUGAUUUCCUGACGACCCUCUCCUUCUCCAAUCGUGGCAGUAUUAUGUUUGGCGGUCGCCGUGCUUUCCCCGCACAAACAACCGACGGAACAAUGGAAGCCAAGUCGCAAACGGAUGAUGUCCACGCUCCAGCUUCUGCAUCACCCCCGACUCCUGCAUCUGAGCCUGCGCCUCCUAUCCUCCACAUUAAAUACGAGGAACCACUCCAGAGCGCUGUCGCCAGCAUGAGGGAGCCCUUCGCGAACGAGGCUGCUUCCAAGGAACCCAUACCGAAUGAAGUUCCGUCGAGCGAGGCCCCAAUGAUGGAGCCUACCGAGUCCAACGCACACAGUGCACCCGAACUCAACGCGGCGGAAGUCAUUGAUGCGAGCGCUGCUGAGACGAUGACCGAGACGACGAUCGAGGCAACUACCGCAGACCCAAGCGCUGCACAGACAACCGUGGAUUCGACAUCGCAAGCCGCGAUGAAAACACCAAGUAUCCGCGUCCUCUCCGCUGACGUGGAGUUGGAAUCUCGAAAGGUGAGAUCGCUCUAUGCAUCUGGCGAUAGCAUCAAUUGGGAAGACGGCGGACGACCGUCGGAUGUGGGCGAGCAGUUGGAUGCAAGCCCCGAAAAUCCGACGGACGAGACCGAGAACGAUCCGGUCGCCGAGCUCCAACCUCCCGCAUGGGGUACUCCAAGAUCUGGAAGUUCAUAUUCCCAACGUCCCGAAACAAGAAGCGAAUAUGAGGUGGCAGGUGGUUUCGAAGAUUGGGAGGACCUCAAUGGCUAUGACGUCGAUCGGUACGGUUUCAUCAACCCACGCAAACCUGAGGCGAGAGUGGGCACCCCCACCGACCUUAAAUCAUCGCAGCACGCGCCUAAGAAGAGGAAUAUCUUGAAGCGAGAUCCGUUUGGUUUGGGUUUGCCACUUAGGGGGCCGAAUAGGAAGGUGUCCGCAAGGUCGCUCAACACCCAAACCUCCAAGGCGUCGGUUGCAUCUCGUCGGUCAACUCGUUCAGCAAUUAGGCAUGCGGGUAAUUUACUCCCCCACAAUCGUGACCGACGGUGGAUGGACGAGGCUGGAGGCAUGCUCUCGCUUUCCUUGGGAGACGAGGAAAACAUUGAAAAGAUCUCCGAGGCCAUCAAGAGGAAAGAAUGGGAGAGAUCCGAGAAAUGGCGGAAGAUGGCCAAGGUCAUCAAGAAAGGGAAGGAUGGUGAGGGCAUGGAAUUCGAUUUUGACGUCAAAAACCAAAAACUUAUCGACAGGACCUGGAAGGGCAUUCCUGAUCGAUGGAGAGCCUCUGCGUGGUUUUCUUUUAUGGCAUCGGCAGCAAGAGCCCAUAGAGACUCGCCGUCAGAAGACUCGAUCAUCACCGACUUCCACCGACUUCAGUGCCGUGGCUCCCCAGACGACGUACAGAUCGAUCUGGACGUGCCUCGCACCAUCAGUCGGCAUGUCAUGUUCCGGAAGCGCUACACGGGGGGGCAACGACUUCUGUUUCGAGUUUUGCAUGCCUUGUCACUCUACUUUCCAAACACCGGCUAUGUUCAGGGCAUGGCCUCGCUGGCGGCAACCUUGCUCUGCUACUUCGAUGAGGAGAAGUGUUUCGUCAUGCUGGUCCCGUUGAGCGACCUGCAGACUAAGUGGCUGAGCGGCAAGGACGUCGCCAAGAAGCUAACGGAGCUCUGCAUCGAUCCUACAGCUUACGGCACUCGAUGGUACUUGACACUUUUCAAUCUGUCCAUACCGUUUGCUGCCCAGCUUCGUGUAUGGGACGUAUUUCUGCUUCUCGGCGAGAACCCUGAUACAUCAGCCACGAAGGUUCCCGAUUCGCCAGUCACCAUGACCGGCAUCGAUGUUCUUCAUGCUACCAGCGCAGCUCUGAUACACGCUUUACGAGAAGUCCUCUUGGACUCGGAUUUUGAGAACGCCAUGAAGGCGUUGACAUCAUGGAUUCCCGUCAAGGACGAGGAUCUGUUGAUGAAGGUGACGCGGGCGGAGUGGAAGCGCCAGAAGAAGAGACCCUAG